GUUCCGUACCGUACCGUGCGCGAGGUUUGAGUUUGCCGUGUUCCUAUUAAUUAAAAAUCGUCAUUAAAAAAAUCAUCAUAAUGGCUCAAGGAACCGGCUACGACUGUAAUUGUUUUACUCAGCGACCAUUGACCGGUAUUACCGAUGCUUCUAUACCAGAGAAUGUUCGAUACAAUCUCUUUAUGUAUCGCAUGCUAGCUUUGCUCCAUCAGUAUUCCGAUAUUUACAUCCCGGCCCACGGCCAUUGCGUGCGACGACGCGGACGACUAGAUCUCGCGUCUCCGUUCUUUCCGCAUCCAUUUAUUGAGUUAAUCGCCGCAAAAUGAUUCCUAGCGAGAUUUUUGCUGAAGAUUUGAUGAGUACUGUGAUUAGAUAUGGAUUGUACAUCGGUGCGGCAUUCCAACUCGUUUGUCUUAUGGCGUGUGUGACUUUGACUGACGAACAAAGCGAGCCCCAUCCUUAUGAAAAGGCCUACACAGACAGUGACGAGUGCAGCUCUGAGCAAUCUUCACCUGGGCAUCGUGCCGCCAUGUCCCGAGCACGGCGGCAUGACAAGAAGAAGAGGCGCUAAAUUAUUGUCUAAACCUCAAAGGAUCUAGGAAUCUUUUGAUAGUGUCUUUUAAGGCUCAUAGUCAUGGUUAACAAUUGUAUAGCAACAGUUGAUCAACAUUGUUGAUGCAACCUUGCCUAUAAAUAAAAGUUUACAAUGAAUAUGGAUCUUAAAUAGGUAACAUCUUUAUGUAUCAAUGUGUUUUAUCUUUCUCUUGAUAUGUAGGGCACCGUUUUUGUAACAUCAUUUCAGUCAAAUUUCAUUUGUUUCUGGCUGCCUCUCUAACUCUUGCCAACAUUUCAAGUGGUGCCCUAUGUUUUCUCUCUAGUAUUAUUGUAUGACUCAUAGUGCAGUGCAUGAAUUAGUUUUUAAGUUAGUUUUUUUUUGGCUAUAUAAAAACAUUCCUUUUGAAAUACUCAAUUAAUGUAUCUAUUGUAAUGAUGCAUUUAUUUGAUAGUAUGUAAUUUUAUGCCUACUUUUAAGAUUAAGUUAUGAUUCGUAAAUUAAGUGAAAAAUUGCAGACUGUCAAAAUUGCAUGCAAUGCACUUUUUAUAUUAAACUAUUUUUAGGUAUUUACUGUUUUGGAAAUUUAUAUAUUGAUCAAUGAGUUUCAAGUUAUAACUUUUAAUCAAUCAUCAACUUAAAAAAUAGUGCCUAAUAGUCUCCCAUCAACUGUUUUAGACAGCUGAUAAUAAAUGUACUCAAACCCUGUAGGAACAACCAUUGUAUUGAUCUCACUUUCAUUCAAUAAAACCAUCUACAUAAUAUAAA